AUGAGUAUGGAAAAGGUCGCAACCAAACAAUACGAAACGAAAAUCUGGCCAGACAUUGUCGACAGUGACGACAGCGAUGUGGAAAAUGAAAUAGAUGUGGACAAACUGCCGCCACUUGAAGUGGGGCCGACCGAGAAUCGCCUGCAGCACACAUACUGUUUAUGGUUCUCGCGAAAGGGCACACAGCGAGCCGCCACGGAUUAUAGCAAAUCGCUGCACGUGGUCGGGCGCUGUGCCAGCGUGCAGCAGUGGUGGUCACUAUAUUCGCAUCUAAUAAGGCCAACGGCGCUGAAACCCUACCGAGAGCUGAGUCUCUUCAAACAGGGCAUCAAGCCAAUGUGGGAAGAUCCGGCGAAUAGUAAAGGUGGCCAGUGGGUUAUACGCUUGCGUAAAAACAAAAUUGAACGUGCCUGGGAGAAUGUUUGUAUGGCCAUGCUGGGCGAGCAGUUCCUGGUCGGUGACGAAAUAUGCGGUAUAGUGUUACAAACAAAGUAUCCGGAGGAUAGCUUAUCAGUAUGGAAUCGGACUGCCACUGACAUGACCAGUACAACGCGUAUACGUGAUACGUUACGCAGGAUAUUAAAUAUACCUCUGACCACGGCAAUGGAGUAUAAGAUACACUGUGAUAGCCUUAAAUACGUUUCAAUUAAUAAAGGCGCGUUGAAAAGCUGAAAUUCAGCUAAUUACUACAAACACAAAACAAAAACAAUAAUUCAGCAAACAGAUGACUUAGACACUAGCAGUUGGAGCAAGGAUAACGCAGAAUCAACCACAGAACAGACUCAACAGCACAAUUUACACAACGGCAAUAGCAUAAAUAACACUAGGAAGGCAGCCGCUCUUAAUGAUGAUGAUAUUUGAGAAUAUUAACUAUGUACGAACCAUUAAAGACUUUUUAGAAUUACCCAUCCCCCCCAGGCCAAUCGAAACACCAAGCUAACAAUAAAACGAGCAAGCAUACAUACAAUAUAUUUAGGACAAAUCUUUGUAUUUGUAUACAUUUUACAAAGUGUGCUGUAUAUAUAUGAAACGCCAUAAAUAUUUUAGUGUGUAUGUAUAAAGCUUACAUUAGCCAUUCCCAAUUUAAAGUUCAUUACUGCAUAUAAAAUUUUCAAACACAAACUUUUUACAAUCAAAGUUAAAUUUAUAUUCAACGUUGCAACUAUUAUACUAUGUAAUAUAUAUUAAUAACAAUCAGACGCCUUAAAAACUAACUUCCACAGUUGCUGCUCUCCUUCUUUUGAUUAUACAAUUUUAAUCAGCUAACCUGUCAAGUAGUUCACAUUUAAAAAUACACUUAAUAUGUAUAACCAGGAGGCACUUCAACAUCUGCCAGUUAACGCCACCAGUCAGCUAGUGGUUCACUAGUAUUAUCUGUUUGAUAUGAUUAUUUAAGCAUUAUUAUUAUAAAGAGAAAAUGAAUAAUCAAAUUGUUUUUGUUCUGCAAGAAAUACAAGUUUUUACAUGAAAAAAAAGAGAAAUAAGAAAA